AUGGGGGCAAGGUUGAGAAACAAAAUAAGAAAAAACAGUCUUUCUUCUUCCACACCUCUCCCGCCACCAAAGACCAUCAGAGCCAUCAAGCAUCAUCUGUACCGUAGCUACUUGAAGCACCAUACGAUUCCAAAGAGAAAAAGAACAGCAACGGAUUCAAAUGCCGCUGAAGUGGGCGGCGACGAACAGGAUGAGAUAACUACGGAGACCAGAGAGAUCUUGCCGGCGCAUUAUGUGCUCAAGAUCGAGUCUUUCUCUCAAUUAUCAAGGGACGGCAUCACCAUGUAUGAGACAAACGAGUUCAGAGUUGGCGACCAGAAGUGGAAAUUGAUUCUCUAUCCUAAUGGAGACAAGAGCAAGAAGGGAGAAGAUCACGUGUCCCUAUAUCUGGCUGUUUCUGAGGCCAAUCCUCUGAAGGUUGGCUGGGAGAUAAAUGCAACUGUUAGGUUCUUCGUGUUCGAUCAAAUUCGCGAUGAAUAUUUGGUAAAAGAAGGGAAAAACAGGAGGUUUCAUGCAAUGAAGUCCAAAUGGGGCAUUCCAAGAUUUAUGCCGCUAAAAACUUUCGCCGAUCCGUCAAACGGCUACCUUGUUGAUGACACUUGUCCGACAACAACUUGUGUGUUCGGAGCGGAGGUUUAUGUCGUCAAAAGUUUAGGUCUGGGUGAAAGCUUGACACUAAAGGCGAGUCCGGAGUCUGUUAGUCACGAAUGAUAGAUAUCAAACUUCUCUACUUUGGUGAAUGAUUGCUACUCUAAAGUUUUCACUGCGGGGAAUCACAACUGGAAGUUACAUCUGCAUCCAAGGGGUGACAUGCAUAACUGGGACAAAAACCUUUCGGUGUAUCUUUGUUUAAUAGAUUCAGGUGAUCAGAAAGUCGAAGUCACUUAUACCACUCGGUUAAAAAAGAACGCUGGCAGGACGCAUCAGAUGACGACACCAGGUAACUUCUGAUCUAGAAUGGAUGGUGAUCACAAAAUCUUUAGCUAAGCGUAAUUAUAUCAAAAUGAAUGGAAAGAUAACUGGAAUAUCAUUAUUAUGAAACAUGCUAUAGUUCUUAUCCCGCUUUCUCGCUGUGGCAUAAUCACACCAUAUACUAAGUAUUUAAUCUGAUUUAUUUGGUUUGCCACCAUUCUUCUCGAGUUUAAGAUUAAUACAAGCUAAUUCUUCUUUUGCAGGU